UCAGCUGUUACUUGUAGCUGCACCAAAGCAAAGCCUGCACAUUCAGAGGCAAGUUUAUCAUAGCCUAUACUACAGCAGUAGAAUUGAGAGCAGGCGUUAAGUCCGUAUCGGGUCCCAUAUUUGCAACUGGUGAUACUUAUUGCCAUGAAUAAUUUAAUUCGUUUUAUUAGCACAGUUGGAAUGGUUUGGACGAAUUUUAUCCGUGUCAUUUAAGAUACAGUAAGACUGAUCUCCCUGAAACUCCUGCGCAUCUUCAGAUUCCGCUUAAUUUGCCAGAUACAACCGUGACAAGACACAGCCAUGGAUACCACUGUGAAUUCAGAAAUAAAUUCAGAGAAGUCUCACCUCGUUAGCGAGAAGAAUGGCAAAAUGUAUUCAAUGAAAAGUUCCUUUCCAGAAUCCAAAGAAGACUAUCCCAACUUCCCGUUUGAAAACGGAGAUGCGACUGGUGUCACCAAGCUGAAGAAGCAGCCUGUUGGCACCCAUUGCCAUGGUAACAAAGCAGUGAGUGAGGAGAACCAUGACAAGCUUCUGGCUAAGAAGAAGCUGUACGUCGCCUCCAUUGUGUGCCUCAUCUUCAUGAUUGGAGAGGUCAUAGGUGGCUACCUGGCCCACAGUUUGGCUAUUAUGACAGAUGCAGCUCACCUCCUGACUGACUUUGGCAGCAUGAUGGUCAGUCUCUUCUCCCUGUGGAUCUCCUCCAGACCGCCCACCAAAACCAUGACCUUUGGAUGGCACCGCUCAGAGAUCCUAGGAGCCCUGGUGUCAGUGAUGUCCAUCUGGAUAGUGACUGGGGUUCUGGUGUACCUGGCCAUCGAGAGGAUAGUCAGGAACGACUAUGAGAUCAACAGUCAAGCGAUGCUCAUCACCUCCGGCUGUGCCGUCAUAGUAAACAUCAUCAUGGCGUACAUCCUCCACCACUCUACCACCUUCCACGCCCAAGGCUCAGGCUACCAGCAGAUAGACGAGAACGGGCAGAGCCCUGUGGGUCACAGCCACUCCCAUGUGGGUCACGGCCACUCCCAUGCCCUUCUGGGUCAUGGCCAUGGCAACACCAGUGUGAGAGCAGCCUUCAUUCACGUGUUGGGAGACCUCCUACAGAGUGUUGGGGUCCUAGUGGCUGCCAUUGUCAUCUUCUUCAGGCCUGAAUACAAAGUAGCAGAUCCCAUUUGUACCUUCCUCUUCUCCGUGUUUGUCCUGGGGACCACGAUCACCAUCCUCAGGGAUGUCUUCAGGAUACUCAUGGAAGGGGCUCCUAAGGGAAUAGAGUUUGACUCCGUGAAGGAGGUGUUGCUGUCUCUGAAGAUGGUGAAGUCUAUGCACAACCUGCGCGUGUGGGCCCUGACCGCAGGACAGACCCUGGUCUCUGUCCACGUAGCCAUCGAGAAGAAUGCUGAUCCCCAGAGUGUCCUUAAGGAGGCUACAGAGAUCCUCCAAACCAAGUUUGGUUUCUAUAGCACCACCAUCCAGGUGGAGUUCUACUCUGACGACAUGGCCUACUGCACACACUGCCAGGACCCAAUGGGCUAACACACACAGUCACCGUGGGGACGGGAGAGUUUGAAAGGGAGUGGGCUGGGUUUGGCUUCUCUAAAGCGUUGCCAGUCACUAUAAAGAACAUACAGUACACAUACACAAGCAUCAUUGAGGAUGUAAGCUAGGAAUGGAAACUGUGCAAAACACUGUGGAAAAGCCUCACCAUGAAACCAAGAAACAUUUUUGAUCCAUCAUCAGCUUUGCAGGACUCAAACAAAUGUACGACUGUACUGUGUGUAUAUUCACCAUAUCAUGCCAAAGAUUCCCAUAUAAAUACCAUUCAUUCAGGAGAUAUUGAUACUUCAAAAAAUAGUUUCCAUGCCCUAAGAGAGCUGCCAAUUUUCAUAAAAUUAUCACAAGAAACUGCAUUUCAGGGAGACAGACGGACAUGAAAAUAUAAUGGUACAUGUAUCAGCACAUGUUUUUAGUACUGUAUGCAACCACUUCACCAGUUUGUGCUGAUGUACUGCAAUGCUAGACAGACGUUUGGCUUUAGCCCUCCCUCACUGGCACUGUGCAUUAGGGCAGCAGCACCGUGUAAUAGCUUGUCUCGGAGUUCUUUGGCGUAAUACAUUGAUAUUGACGUGAGAACCUUAAAACCAAUUCUGUCUUACCCAGCCUUUUAUAUGUGCUUCAGCGAGGGUGUCUGCCAAAUGGAAGCAUUGUGUUGUUCACAACUGAAAAGAGUUCGGGUACAAAUAAUGGAUUAUGUCAGUGUGAGAAAGCAUCCUACAAGCACACUCAUCUCACUCAGAAGAGGAAGCCUCAAGACAGGCCAAUUUACAAAAGGAGUUGGUCGAUUAGUUUUAGCAUUGUGGGCUGUAUUAAUCUAUGCCCCAGGAUAUGCCCUAAGCGGAACUGGCAAAUAGACUGGCUAAUACUCAGACAGUGCUCUGUCCCUAAUUUGAAACUCACUGACGAUAGGCUACAGUGGAAUGUGUUGUUCAAUUACGCUUCGAGUCAUAGCCCCAGGCCGGACGUUUUCUUACACUGUUUUGGGAUGGCAGAAGAGAGAGAGAGGUCAGAUAAAUGAACCCCAUCUCUAUACUCUCACCUAUCCACACUCUCCAAAAGCACACCCAUACACCCUCCUCACCCACUCCCACGCUGUCAUAGUCCUACAUGCCGUGGAGCUUUGCACAGGGUUUCUGUUUGUCGUACCAGUAGUUUGUUAGUUCCAUCCAGUGCCUCCACACUGCCUUCAAACAACCUUCCUAAAUUCUAGGGAGCCUCAGUUGGUCAGCUUUCUAUUCCAUAACUGUCCCCUAACACCACACGCAUGCUCACACACCUGUCAGCUUCAUCAAAAGAAAUGCACCAACAAAUAAGUAGUGGUAUAUCUCCUCAGAAAAUGUGAUAAGUGUAUUGUACAAAAAAGUCCAACGUGUGAGAUGCUGACACAAUGAAAUAUAAAAGGCAUUCGCCAUGCUUGUCGUACUUUGAUGCCUGCAGUGAAGUCUCAAUGUUGUAACCUGCACAGAAAAUUAGCAGAAAUUGACACAUUCUUUAUCAAACACUUGCAUGAGUGUUGUUUAUCAUUCAGAUGACGUAAUAAGCAUCUUCAUAUGCUGCCAAUACAAAUAUUUGAGACGGAUUCUACUUCUUAAUGUCACCAAAAUCCUCAUUAAACAAAUCUAUAUUUUGAUCACUUUUGAUAACUUUGGAAAGUAUAUAUUAAAUGUAAAUAUAUUGUCAUUUGUAAACCAUACGUAAAUUGAACAAAGAAAGAUCCCACGAAGGACUUAAAAUAACAGGAAUGUUACAACCAAUGUAUUACAGGCAAGAGUCUACUCAAAUUAUUGUUCAACAGCUAAGUGUAAUGUUUCAGAGUGCUGUCUUGUACUGUAUGAAAAUUGUAAAUAUGCCAAAUAUCAGUAUUUCCUGUAGAUUGUGUAAACGUGUAAAUACAUUUGAUUUAUUGUAUAAAAUAAGUCUAAAGUGUGUAAAUGUUUGUUUGAUAUUUAAUUUCKAUGUAUGUUAUGUUUUUUGUAAAACUGAAAUAAAAGUAUGCAGAUAACUGGUGGAUGAUUUAAUUAUCUUCAGAGGUCUAAACUUGUACAAUAUUUCAAAGCUUUGCGUUGAAAUCUCGCUUUAACAAUAAUACUAACUUCUCAGUGAGUCCAGAUAAUGCAGAGACAAUCUCAUGGGCUGUUAAUCUCCAGUCCCAAUCAGAGACAACUAAUUACAUCCGCACUAGUGUACAAGGCAGCAGCAGGAAAUAUGGCACAACAGAUUAUCACAAAGCUUUGUCAUUCUAGGGCACAUCCAUUUGACUGCAAAAAUGAUCAGCAACCACAAAAAACGGACAAAGCCAAGUAAUGUUGGUGCAAAGUAUUCGGAAAGUAUUCAGACACCUUCACAUUUUGUUGCGUUACAGCCUUAUUCUAAAAUGGA